CCCAACUUUUAUGAUCUCUCCGGUGAGCUCCGCGACUCCGAUCCUCCCAUAUCCUCAUCUCAGAUCACGGUAGUUGGUGUUCAGUCUCCUCUGCGACGGUGCUGUGUUCACUUUCCUCUUCUCACUCUCAGAUCGAAAAGUAGAUCGAGGCUGCGAGUUCUGUCGGUUCACUCCUUUUCUCCUUCUUUCCUCCGCCUGACAUAGAUCGGGCGAACAACUCCUUCGUCUUUUGUCCGUCAACUGUACCCAGAGUUUGACCACUAAAAAAGAGAGAAAGCAUAAAGUCUGCGCUUUCCAUUGAGCUUAAGUUUCAUCUUUGAGUAGCUUGUAGAUUCAACCUCCGAGGAAGCAGCAAUGCAAGGAGCCUCGUCUGGCGUUGGAUAUGGUCUGAAAUAUCAGGCUAGAUGCAUAUCAAAUGUGAAGGCAGACACAGAUCAUACUAGUUUUCUUGCGGGAACUCUCAGUCUUAAAGAAGAAAAUGAGGUACAUCUGAUUCGGCUUUCAUCAAGUGGAAAUGAAUUAUUCUGUGAAGGCCUGUUUUCACAUCCUAACGAGAUCUGGGACCUUUCAUCCUGUCCUUUUGAUCAACGGAUCUUUUCAACCGUCUACUCCUCUGGUGAAUCAUUUGGAGCAGCGGUAUGGCAGAUCCCUGAGUUGUAUGGGGAGUUAAAUUCCCCCCAGUUAGAGAAAAUUACCUCUCUUGAUACUCAUGCUGGUAAGAUCAAACGUAUUCUUUGGUGGCCAUCUGGAAGGCAUGAUAAGUUGAUUAGCAUUGAUGAGGAAAAUCUGUAUUUGUGGAGCUUAGAUGUUUCCAAGAAAAAUGCAGAGAUACAAUCACAAGAUUCAGCUGGAAUGCUGCACAAAUUGUCUGGAGGGGCAUGGGAUCCUCAUGAUGUGAAUUCUGUUGCAGCUACUUUUGAAUCAUCCGUCCAAUUUUGGGAUAUUCGAACAAUGAAGAAGACGAUUUCAAUUGAGUGUGCCCAUGUGCGAAAUAUUGAUUACAACUCCAAGAAGGAGCACAUACUUGUUACUGCGGAGCACGAAUCUGGGAUACACAUUUGGGAUCUAAGAAAGCCAAAAGUCCCCACUCAAGAACUUCCAGGACAUACACAUUGGACAUGGGCUGUCGAGUGUAACCCUGAGUACGGCGAAUUGAUCUUGAGUUCUGGCACUGACUCAACUGUGAACCUGUGGUUGGCUUCAUCAAGCAAUGAUGUCUUACAAUCUGAAAGGCAAGCAGAUUCACCAACCCGUUGGGUUGAUCCAUUACUUCAUACAUACAGCGAUUAUGAAGACAGCAUUUAUGGCCUCGCAUGGAGUUCUCGUGAACCAUGGAUCUUUGCAUCAUUAUCUUAUGAUGGAAGGGUUGUUGUAGAAUCGGUUAAGCCUUUCAUCUCCAAAAUAUGAAAGUUAAAUAUCUAUGGCUUCGGUGCAACCGGCUGUCUUGUUCUUUGCCUCAGAGUAACUGCUUGCGUGCCUUUCCUCCAGUUCUGAAAGGGAGUAUUUCCAGGAAGGCCAAACCCAUGCUACAAUCAUGUGGGGAUUUGUCGUGGCUGAAGCUGAACAGGUUCCCAUGCUGCUACUUUGGCCAGCAAUCACAAUAACUUUCGAAAUGAUUAUAUAUAUAAAAACAUUUUUGUUCUUUCAAAUCUAAAUUGGAUUUUUGUAUUAUUCCUUGUGUCGAGAGACAUUUUUCAGUUCAUCAUAGUCAUCACUCAAUGUGUGUAACUAUAGGCGCCUGUUCCUCUUGUGAGUUCAUGAGCAAACUGAAGUUUGGAAAUUGACGAGUGCUGAAAGAAAUUGUGACGAGUCCUUUUUGUUUUUGGCAAAUAGAGGGAGUUUCACUGCGCCUUGUGAUUGUAAUAACUAAUGGUGCGGCUAAGCUGCUAGACAUUUAUUGGUAUGACUAGUUUGGAGUCCCUUACCUGUUGCCUUUGUAAGUUCAUGAACAAACUAGAUCCUUUUUCACAUUCCAUUUUUCUGGACAGAAAUUUUCUGAUGAAAUUAAUGUUGAUACCCUUUUCUAAGUA